UCACCCUAAUUUGUUCAGACAACAAAAUCAAAUUCAAUUUUUUCUUUUUUAUUAUUUUUUGAUUCUGAGGCAGAGAAUGAGGGGGGUGAAAGGAAAAUUGCUGAAGAAGCUGAAAUCAAUCAAGCCAAUUGAGUCUCUGAGGCAUGAUCGAAUUCUUCAGGUGAAAGCAUCAGAUGGGUACGUUGAUUUUCUCCAAAAGCUUCCAACUUUCAACCUAAGUUCCCCUUUUCUUUCCCGAGAAAAUGUUCCCAAGAAGGUGGUUGUUGUCCAGAAAAAGGUGCAUCAGGAAGAACAACCAGAGGUAAUUGAUGUGUCAGAGCUCAUGAAAGACCUAAAAGAUGAUGAUGAAGAAAUAGAUUUGGAUGAUUACAAUGACAACAAAGAGAACAUUGGACCAUGUUCGUUGAAAUCAAAUCACCAAUUUGGACACAAGGGAAUUUCUGAGAAUGGGUUCAGAGAAGAAACAGAGCGAAACCAGAGCAAAAAGCAGAGUAAGAUUUUGGUGGAUUUAAGAUCACCUGAGCCAAGGUCUGAUUUUGAUGGAAAAAACCAAACUCCAUUGUCUGAGAUUGAUGUCGCGUCAUUCCGGAGGCCGGACUUGAAUUCUGGCAGCUUGUUCGACCCAAAUCUACUAGCAGCAUUUGAGGAGGCCGUGAGGGAAUAUGUUAAGAUGACAGAGGAACAGAGGAGAGCCAGAGCCGAAGCAGAGCUCUUAGAGAAAUCAUGCAACAUUGUGGAAGAAAUUGGCAAUUGCGAUUGCGACAGCAAUGGCAAUGGUGACGGCGAUGAUCCUUUGUUGUGCUUUGAAGAGAAGUGUCCGCCCGGAGGCGAAAGCUGUGUGAUCUUCUACACAACAACUCUAAGGGGAAUCCGGAAGACAUUCGAGGACUGUGAAAAGAUCCGGUUCCUUCUCGAGAGCUUCAAGGUUCUGUACUUUGAGAGGGACAUAUCAAUGCACAAGGAGUUCAAAGAAGAGCUUUGGGAAACUUUGGGUGGGAAAAUUGUGCCACCAAGGCUCUUUGUUAAAGGGAGGCACAUUGGUGGAGCAGAAGAAGUUGUGACAUUGCAUGAACAAGGGAAAUUGAAGCAAAUCUUUGAAGGAAUCCCUAAAGAUUGUUCCAAUGGUCCAUGUGAUGGAUGUGGUGGAAUAAGGUUUGUGCUUUGCUUCAUUUGCAAUGGAAGCCACAAAAUCAUUGAAGAACAUGGAGAGAAGAUUCAGUGCUCUAAGUGUAAUGAGAAUGGCUUGAUUACAUGCCCCUAUUGCUCCUCUUAGUUGUAAGAAUAUCAGUUCACAAUUUGUACUCUAUCUUUGAGUAAUAGUUUCUGUAUGUAACUGGAUUU